AUGUCUGAGCCAGAGAGAUUCACAUUCCAAGCUGAGAUUAAUCAGCUGAUGUCACUCAUCAUUAACACCUUCUACUCGAACAAGGAGGUGUUCUUGAGAGAGCUGAUCUCCAACGCAUCUGAUGCGCUGGACAAGAUUCGUUAUCAAUCGCUCACUGACCCAACCGUGUUGGACAGCAAGAAGGAGUUGGAGAUCAGAAUCAUCCCCAACAAGGAGGCCAAGACUCUGACCUUGAUCGAUACCGGUAUCGGUAUGACCAAGUCAGAAAUGAUCAAGAACUUGGGUACCAUUGCCCGCUCUGGCACCAAGAACUUUGUCGAGCAGCUGCAGUCUGGCGCCGCUGACAUCAGCAUGAUUGGUCAGUUUGGUGUCGGUUUCUACUCUGCCUACCUCGUUGCCAACACCGUGGUCGUGCACUCCAAGAGCAACGACGACGAGCAAUACAUCUGGGAGUCCUCCGCCGGUGGUGAGUUCACCGUUGCCAUCGACCAAGGUGAGCAAUUGGGCCGCGGCACCAAGAUUGUCCUCCACAUGAAGGACGACCAGCUCGACUACCUUGACGAGCAAAAGAUCAAGAACUUGGUCAAGAAGCACUCUGAGUUCAUCCAGUACCCAAUCUCCCUCUACGUCACCAAGGAGGUCGAGAAGGAGGUCGAGGAGGAGAAGGAGAAGACCGCCGAGGACUCAUCCGACGCCAAGAUUGAGGAGAUCGACGAGGAGGAGGGAGACAAGAAGAAGAAGGUCAAGGAGACCAAGUCUGAGUACGAGAUCCUCAACAAGACCAAGCCAAUCUGGACCAAGAACCCAUCCGACGUCACCAAGGAGGAGUACACCGCCUUCUACAAGUCCAUCUCCAACGAUUGGGAGGAGCCACUGGCCCAGAAGCACUUCUCUGUCGAGGGACAGCUCGAGUUCAAGGCCAUCCUCUUUGUGCCAAAGAAGGCCCCAUUCGACAUGUUCGAGUCCAAGAAGAAGCACAACAACAUCAAGCUCUACGUCAAGAGAGUGUUCAUCAUGGACAACUGCCAGGACCUCAUCCCAGAGUACCUCAACUUUGUCCGCGGUAUCGUCGACUCUGAGGAUCUCCCACUCAACAUCUCUCGUGAGACCCUCCAGCAGAACAAGAUCUUGAAGGUCAUCCGCAAGAACCUCGUCAAGAAGUGCCUCGAGCUCUUCAACGAGAUCGCCGAGAACAAGGAGGACUACAAGAAGUUCUACGAGUCCUUUGCCAAGAACCUGAAGCUUGGUAUCCACGAGGACACCCAGAACCGUGAGAAGUUGGCCGAUCUCCUCCGCUACCAGACCUCCAAGAGCGGUGACGAGCUCUCCACCCUGAAGGAGUACGUUGCCCGCAUGAAGGAGAACCAGAAGGACAUCUACUACAUCACCGGAGAGUCCAAGAAGACCGUCGAGACCUCACCAUUCAUUGAGACCCUCAAGAAGCGCGGUCUUGAGGUCAUCUACAUGAUUGACCCAAUCGACGAGUACGCCGUCCAGCAGCUCAAGGAGUACGACGGAAAGAAGCUGGUCUCCAUCACCAAGGAGGGACUGAAGCUUGAGGAGACUGAGGAGGAGAAGAAGAAGGCCGAGGACGACAAGAAGGAGAACGAGAACCUCUGCAAGCAGAUCAAGGAGGUCCUCGGAGACAAGGUCGAGAAGGUCGUCCUCUCCAACCGUAUCGUCACAUCGCCAUGCGUGCUCGUCACCUCUGAGUUUGGCUGGUCCUCCAACAUGGAGCGUAUCAUGAAGGCCCAAGCUCUCCGUGACAACUCAAUGUCCACCUACAUGACCUCCAAGAAGACCCUCGAGAUCAACCCAGACCACCCCAUCAUUGUCGAGCUCCGCAAGCGUGCCAACGACAAGGCAAAGAACUUCAAGGACUUUGUUGUCCUCAUGUUCGAGACUGCCCUCCUUUCCUCUGGUUUCGCCCUCGACGAGCCAAACUCAUUCGCCACCCGUAUCCACCGCAUGAUCAAGCUCGGUCUCCAAAUCUCCGACGAUGCCACCGCCGACGACACCACCUCUACCACCACCUCCGAUGAUGUUCCACCCCUUGAGAGCUCCAACGAGCAAUCACAGAUGGAGCAAGUUGACUAA